AUGGGAUACUGGCUACGUGCACAGAAGGCCAACUGGACCCGUGAUUGGGUUCAGGGUAUAGCCGAACAACCUAUGAUGGAAAAUGUUGAUUACCCUCCCUCCCCUCAGUCGGAGACGGAAGUUGACCAAGAAAUUGCGGUGCCGGACUCUGUUGAUCCGUCUACCUCUGUGUCUAGCUUCCAGCGAACCACUACGACUGACUCGGAAUCGGCGUCCCCCGAGCUAUCAGCAACCCCCGGCCACCAGAACGUCUGCGCUCGGAAGCUGGAUCGUGCUUUGAACAAGCUUUCCCGCCUUUGCGACUGGAUCAGAGCCCGGACCAAAUAA